AUGUCUAAGCGUGUAAUCAGGACAAAAUCGACGAUUGAGGAUAGAAAAGUAUCAACUGAGGAUAUGUUUGAAGAUGAAUUUAUCCAAUCAUACUUGGAGUUCAGAGAGAGCGGAGUCGAUUUUAUUUGGGAUAAUAAAAGGAAAUUGCUUGAAUUGCAUUUCGAUGGUGAUAACAUGAUCAUGUGUAUGGAAAAUGGGGCUACGAUCAUGGCUUUUGAUUGA